AUGCCUUCUAACCAGACGAUUGAAAUGUUAAGACCAUUGAUGAAAGAUUUCGAAAGCAUUGUUUUACCCUAUUGGUAUAAAUUUCAACAACCACAUCCAUAUUAUCAGUAUGCAGUUGGUCUGUUUAUCGCAUUUUUCGGAAUAACGGGUGUGUGCCUUAACUUACUAGUCAUCAUAUUUUUUACAACGGUAAAAGCUCUACGAACGCCUUCUAAUAUGCUUGUUGUAAAUUUAGCAGUAUCAGAUUUCGGAUUUUCAGCAGUCAAUGGUUUUCCCCUGAAAACCAUGUCUGCCUUUAAUAACUUUUGGCCAUGGGGAAAAACUGCAUGUGACUUAUAUGGUCUAGCUGGUGGACUUUUCGGAUUUGUAUCUCUGUCUACGAUAGCCGCUGUUGCAGUAGAUCGUUACAUGGUUAUAGCGACUCCUUUCGAAAGUGUAUUUCAAACAACUAAUCGAAGAACAAUAAUGUUAAUGUUAUUUUUGUGGGUUUGGUCUCUCAUUUGGACAAUUCCACCGCUCUUCGGAUUCGGGCGAUAUGUGUUAGAAGGCUAUCAAACAUCAUGUACUUUUGACUACAUAUCGACAGAUUUUUCGAACCGAUUAUUCAACAUUGGACUAUUUGGUUUUGGUUUCCUAUGUCCUCUGUUUCUAUCAAUUUUCUGCUAUGCCAGGAUUGUUCUCAUUGUUAAAAGACGCGGAAAAGACUUCAUGGAAAUGGCAGCAAGAACAAGCACCAAAAGUGAUAAUCAAAAGGCUAAAAGUGCUACUGUGGCAUCUACGAAGUCAGAUAAUUUUGUGCUGAAGUCAGCGGGGAUAUUGUUAGGCGUUUAUUCACUAUGUUGGACACCAUAUGCUGCUCCGUAUGGGACCCAUGCAUCUACGCUUUCAGAUACCCUAGAUUUCGUGCACUUCUUCAGCGUCGGUUUGGAUCAAGGUUCUUUGGAGGGAAUAAAGGCAAAACCGGAACUUCGUCCAAGGGAGAAGCGUCGACUAUCUGUAAUGUUGAAGAAUAGAUGUCUUUUUAUGGUUGCGGUGAAAAUUGAAGAGUAUUAUUCCAGUUCUUAUGUGCCUCAGAAUGUAUUUCUCGUAUUAAAAUAA